UAAUUAGGGAGAGCGGCAGCCUUUGAAGAAUUUGUGCGACGACUGUCAUGCUUGAAAUUUCAACGGUCACGCUUAAACCCUAGACACCAGCAUAUAGCUUCUCAGUUCUAAGUUCUUCAAACCCAUCCAGCACUCGAGACAAAAUUCAAAACCCUAAAUGAGUUUUUAAGAUUCUCUCUUCCAAUUCCAAAUCUCAGUUUAGUGGAAAUUUCUUCAAAAACAGAUAUCAUACUGGUACCAAUUCUCUUUUCACUUUCCAGUUAUUGCAAACUUUCCCUUUCACCCUCCUAAAAGCCCCGACUUUUCUUCCCAAUUCUAUCUACAUAACCACCUCAUACACCAUCAAAUAUCAAACACUGCGAAGAACCAUGAGCUCAAUUCAUCUUUUUCACAACCAUUCAGUUUCGCCGUUGAGCAAUCUUGGCCGUUCGACUCCGCUUGGAAAUGGAAGAUUUUCGAUUCCUAGAGUCAUUGCUUGUGUAAAUGUGGACGUGCGAGCACCGGAUUCGGGGAAUUCAGGGAAAUUAGGGUUUGGGGUUGGGAGUAAGGGGAUGAUGGAGGCAGAAGGGAGGGUUCUGGUGGGGACGUAUGCUAGGGCUCCGAUUGUGCUCUCGAGUGGAAAAGGGUGUAAGCUGUAUGAUCUUGAUGGGCAGGAGUAUUUGGACAUGUCGUCCGGGAUUGCUGUGAAUGCACUCGGGCAUGGGGAUCGCGAUUGGAUCAGAGCUGUUACCGAGCAGGCGAAUAUGCUGACACAUGUCAGCAAUCUGUAUUACUCAAUUCCACAGGUGGAGCUUGCCGAGCGUCUCGUUGCUUGUUCUUUUGCUGAUCGCAUAUUUUUCUCAAAUUCUGGAACAGAAGCAAAUGAAGCUGCUAUUAAAUUUGCUAGAAAAUUCCAAAGAGCUUCACAUCCCGAUGGAAAACAGCCACCGAUAGAAUUUAUUUCCUUUACCAAUAGCUUCCAUGGGAGAACAAUGGGUGCUCUUGCCUUGACAAGCAAAGAGCAUUACAGAUCACCUUUUGAACCUGUUAUGCCCGGAGUUACAUUCUUAGAAUACGGGAAUAUUCAAGCUGCAAAAGAACUGAUUCAAAGCGGCAAAAUUGCUGCUGUAUUUGUGGAACCUAUCCAGGGUGAAGGUGGCAUAUACAGUGCCACAAAGGAGUUCUUACAAUCCUUGCGUAGUGCAUGUGAUGAUGCAGGAUCUCUGCUGGUUUUUGAUGAGGUUCAAUGUGGCUUAGGCCGAACGGGUUAUCUUUGGGCACAUGAAGCCUAUGGUGUAUUCCCAGAUAUAAUGACUCUUGCCAAGCCUCUUGCUGGAGGUCUGCCCAUUGGAGCCACACUGGUGACUGAAAGAGUUGCUGCUGCCGUAAAUUUUGGAGAUCAUGGAAGCACUUUUGCUGGUGGGCCCCUUGUCUGCAAUGCAGCCUCUGCCGUUCUCGAUAAAAUCUCAAAGCCCAGUUUCUUGGCCAGUGUCUCCAAGAAAGGUCUGUACUUAAAGGAAAUGCUAAUGCAGAAGCUAGGAGGAAAUUCACAUGUGAAAGAAAUACGAGGUCUGGGGCUUAUUAUCGGAAUAGAGCUGGAUGUAUCUGCCUCGCCACUUGUGGAUGCAUGUCGAAAUUCUGGACUUCUUAUACUAACUGCAGGGAAAGGAAACGUUGUUCGGCUUGUGCCGCCAUUAAUCAUCUCAGAGCAGGAAUUGGACUCUGCAGCUGAGAUCCUGCUUAAAUGUUUCCCAGUACUUGAUGAAGGUAACUCAAACUAGGAUAAGAUAAGUCAAUUUAAGGGUUUGUUGUUUGGGAUGUUGUAAAAGCUUCACAUACAUAUGGGGAUCUUUUGUGAUUCUAAUAUUAAGCAAUGUAGAGUGUUGUCUACUACAACUCUACAAGUUAAAAGAGUCCCUGUGUGCUCUCGGUGGAAUCAACUCUUCCAUUGUUUGCCUUGUUUAAGUUUCAUUUAGUUUAUUGAACCAACUUUUUUAA